CCAUCUCCCUGAAGGCCUGAACCCCCACCAUCGUCGUCGUCGCGAUGGUGGACGCCAACUACAGCAGCGGAGUGCUUCUCCCGGCGCGUGCAACAGCGGCGGCGGCGGCGGCCGCGCCGCGGCGGAGGCAGAAGUGGGCGGUGGAGUUCGCGCGCUACUUCAGGACGCCGCGGCGGGACCCGUCCAACCCGCCGCCGCCCGGCCUCCGCCUCGUCUCCCGGGGCAAGCUCCGCCACCACGGCACCUGGCUCCCGGCCGCCUCCCCCGCCACGCUCGCCAUUUCCCUCCCCAGCCACUCCUUCGCGGCCCCUGUCCUCACCGUCUCCAUCGGCAACGUCGUCUUCGAGGAGCAUUUUGUUUCCAUCCUCAAUUUCUCAUGGCCUCAGGUUACAUGUGUGACACAAUGCCCAAUUAGCGGGAGCAGGGUGGUGUUUGUGAGCUUUUGUGAUAAGUCCAAAGAGAUCCACAAGUUUGCUUUACGUUUCCCACAACUCAGUGAUGCAGAAUCAUUUUUAAAUUGUGUCAAGGAAUGCUCAACUAACACCAUGGAUAUCAUACCAUCUGGAAGUGACUAUCUUUGUGAAGAUUCAUCAGCAUCUGAAUAUAUUGCUUCUAGUGGAAUUCACCAAAGGCCUCAUGACACUUCAAGCUUUGAGAAGCCAGAGCAGCCUACCCACAGAACAAAGACACCAGCAUUACACUACCAUGAAGAACCAGACGUGCCUAUCCACAGAACAGAGGCACCAGAAUUAAACCAGCAUGAGACAGCACCACUAGGCCACCAUGAGGCACCAGAAGAACCUCUUCUUCAACCUCUCCUUGCUACCACAGAACAGCAUGAGACAGCAGCACUAGGCCACCAUGAGGCACCAGAAGAACCUCUUCUUCAACCUCUCCUUGCUACCAACGUUGAUACCAUCUUCUCUGGUUUCCCCCCAAGUUUUACUGAUAUGCUGACACAAUUUUCAUGUAAAACUGAGAAAGAUGCUGAACCAUAUCCAGUGACUGCAACAGACCAUGCACUACAAGAGGUGUCUGUGUUGGAUACUUCUCAUAAUGUUGCAAUUGCCACAACUUCUGCUAAUGAAAUUGAUGUUAGUAAAGAAACAAGAGAUAUUGUGACAAGGAUAAAGACAUAUAUGGCUGAUGGUGGCUUCCACGAUAUGUUGUCCAAGAUCGAGAAAGUUAUUGAUGAACUGGGUGGCGACUUGUCACUGUAGAUAGAAAAACAUCCUCUGUGGUGGGAAGGCCUUUAUUUCCCUAUGAUCUUAUGUACAUCGUAGCUGUAGUUCACUUACUAUCCUCUGCAGCUUUUGCUCCCAGAAGAAAAAUGUUCAGUAAAGCUUCCAUCAAGAUGGGAAGUAUAUUGUCUCUGACGUAUUGCGUAGUACAUCUAAGGACUACUUUGUGUGAAAUUUUAGGGUUUGCACCUGCAGUUUUGGACUUUUGGUUACGCGUUA